CUCUACCGGGGUGGGGACGGUGGCAGGGAUCCUGUCUCACAGAGGGGGAUGCUACCUUGAAGGCCAGGAAGGGAGACUUGUAGGGGCUACAGAACGAGGAGGGUACCAUGGGGAAGUGGUGGCGUUACCUGAUCUGGGACCCUAAGGAGGUCAGAUGUGUACAGGGGGAUCCCCCCUGUGGUCAUUGGGAAUGUGUGUGUGUGGGAGGGGGGGUGUGCACCUCUCACGAGGCUCCUGCUGCUUCCUCAUAUCCCUAGUUGGGGUCACUAGUCCUCAGUCCUCUGAACCUGAAGACAAAGAGACGGAGGAAAGUACCAAGAGCACCCCCACUCCAGCCUCCCAUGCACACUUGUGCACACGCAUGCACCCUGCACUAGGGCAGAGGCACACAAGAGGGGAUAGGCCUGCAGGUAAAGCCCCUUUCAGAGGUACCCACAUGGGGACAAACGCACAACCAAGUAGGCACACGAAGGGGCCCAUGUGUUCAUACCUCCUAAGGACAAGGCUCCCCAAAAGGCACACGUACCCUAACCUCCUUGUCCACAUGUACUGUGUGCUAUUUCCUAGCUCGCCUAACUAUCCAUACUUCUAGAUCCAGGGCUUGAUGCCUAUUAUUGUACCUUCUUUUCCACUCUUUUCCUCUCUUCCCUGGCUGGCCUCUAGGUCAGGCUUGAGGAAUUGAGGGGGUAAGUCAGGAUCCCAGCAGGCGGCUCUGUGUGUGUGUGUGUGUGUGUGUGUGUGUGUGUGUGUGUGUGUGUGGUGGGGGGAUGGGUUCCUAAAGCUAGAAAGCAGAGAGGAGGGGUGGGAAAACAGGCCACUACAAUAAAUCAAACUCAACACUCAAUUAGGAUGUGGCUGCUGGGGGCCAGCACCAUGGUAGGCACCUAGGAUGCAAAGAGAAUGAAGUGUGGGUCCUCAGGAGUACCCAAUCUAGUGGGGAGCCCGACAUGUAAACAAAUCCUGGGCCAACCCUGGGACAGAAUGUGCCAAGUGCUUUAACAGACAGGCUCCAGGAGAGUACCAAAAAUCAUUUUCUCUCGACAAAUUGCUGGGCUUCAAACGUUGUCCUCGCUACCCUGGUCCCACAUCCCCUAUGCCUGUCCUCUCCUCAGCCACAUGCCUCUGCCCUUCUGGAUACCUCCUCCUGGACUGCCUGCCGCUCAGGGACCCCAGCCCCCUCCCUCCCAUCCUAGGACAAAGGGAAGGAUGUCAGGGCACAGGAGGAAGACUCACAGGGGAACCAGGGUCCAGAACAUGGGGAAUGAGACAGGGCCUGGGGUUCUCUGGAGGCCCUUCUCCAAAGGAGGUGUUAGGCUAAUUGUGAGGGUUAGGGAGGUGCAUGGGUCGGAGGGGAGCAGCUCCUCUAGAACCUAGGCCUGAAACAAAUCUGGAAGUGAGGGCCCCACUUGUUAAGUGGGGAGGUGAUGUCAGUGGGUCCCUCCCCCUUUUCUAGAGGACCUGGAAGGGGUCUGGGCUGGGGACCUGCCUUCGCUGAUGCCUAUCUGUCUGUCCUCCCCUGUCUUCUCUGUCCACACCUUCUCCUGUUUCAUUGCCCUCUUUAUGUCUGUCUCUGGACACUCUCUGGGUACCAUCCUAUCCAUCUGUGUUUGCUGCCUGGGCCUUCAUCUCUGGCUCUGAUCUUUCUCUGCCUCUUGGGGUGUCUCUCUCUGCACUUGCCUGUAUUGGCAUUCUGGUCCCCUUUCCUAUCCUCAUGGCUCGCUCUGUGUCACUUCCAUUUCUACCUCUGGCCCCUGACUUCCAUCUUGGUCUCACCUUUUCUCUCCAUAUCCUUGUUCUCUUUGCUUGUUAUUUCUGGUGCUGGCCUCUGCCCCUCCAUCCCUGCAUCCAUCUCUGUGCUGGGUCCUGCCUGCUCUCAAUUCCCACUCAUCUCGGCCCCUCUCCCUGCCCACCUGAGCAGCAGCGUCCCAUCCAGCCCUCUUUCACCAAGUCCCUCUGCCGUGAGUCCCACUGGAAGUGCCUCCUGCUCUCGCUGCUCAUGUACGGCUGCCUGGGGGCAGUGGCCUGGUGCCACGUCACCACAGUGACGCGCCUCACCUUCAGCAGCGCCUACCAGGGCAACAGCCUCAUGUACCAUGACAGCCCCUGCUCCAACGGCUAUGUCUACAUCCCCCUGGCCUUCCUGCUCAUGUUGUACGCCGUCUACCUGGUGGAGUGUUGGCACUGCCAAGCCCGCCAUGAGCUGCAGCACCGUGUUGAUGUGAGCAGUGUGCGGGAGCGUGUGGGCCGCAUGCAGCAAGCCACACCCUGCAUCUGGUGGAAGGCCAUCAGCUACCACUAUGUCCGCCGCACCCGCCAGGUCACCAGAUACCGCAACGGAGACGCCUAUACCACCACCCAGGUCUACCACGAACGCGUCAACACGCAUGUGGCGGAGGCCGAGUUCGACUACGCGCGCUGUGGCGUCCGCGACGUGUCCAAGACGCUGGUGGGGCUGGAGGGCGCCCCGGCCACGAGGUUGCGCUUCACCAAGUGCUUCAGUUUCGCCAGCGUGGAGGCCGAGAACGCGUACCUGUGCCAGCGCGCGCGCUUCUUCGCAGAGAACGAGGGCCUGGACGACUACAUGGAGGCACGCGAGGGCAUGCACCUCAAGAACGUGGACUUCCGUGAGUUCAUGGUGGCCUUCCCGGACCCGGCCCGGCCGCCCUGGUACGCCUGCUCCUCAGCCUUCUGGGCCGCGGCGCUGCUCACGCUGUCGUGGCCGCUGCGAGUGCUGGCAGAGUACCGCACGGCUUACGCACACUACCACGUGGAGAAGCUCUUUGGCCUGGAGGGCCCGGGGUCGGCCAGUAGCGCGGGCGGCGGCCUCAGCCCCAGCGACGAGCUGCUGCCCCCGCUCACCCACCGCCUACCGCGGGUCAACACGGUGGACAGCACGGAGCUCGAGUGGCACAUCCGCUCCAACCAGCAGCUGGUGCCCAGCUACUCUGAGGCGGUGCUCAUGGACCUGGCGGGGCUCGGGACGCGCUGCGGCGGGGCGAGCGGCGGCUACGCGCCCUCGUGCCGCUACGGCGGGGUAGGCGGCCCGGGCGCGGCGGGCGUGGCUCCUUACCGGCGCAGCUGCGAGCACUGCCAGCGCGCCGUCAGCAGCUCGUCCAUCUUCUCGCGCAGCGCCCUGAGCAUCUGCGCCAGCCCGCGGGCCGGCCCGGGCCCCGGUGGGGGCGCGGGCUGCGGGGGCAGCCGCUUCUCGCUCGGCCGUCUCUACGGCUCCCGGCGCAGCUGCCUGUGGCGCAGCCGCAGCGGGAGCGUCAACGAGGCCAGCUGCCCCACGGAGCAGACGCGGCUGUCCAGCCAGGCCAGCAUGGGGGACGACGAGGACGACGACGAGGAGGAGGCCGGGCCGCCGCCGCCCUACCACGACGCCCUCUACUUUCCGGUCCUCAUCGUCCACCGGCAGGAGGGGUGUCUGGGCCACAGCCACCGGCCGCUGCACCGCCACGGCUCCUGCGUAGAGACCUCACUGUGACCUCCGUCCCCGGCGUGGCCCGCGCCGCCCUCCCGCCUGCCCCUCGCUGGACUAUGCUCCCUGUGCGACGCAGGGCGAGUCACCACGGUGACUGAGGCCGCGCGGGGGGCAGGGAAAGGGAGGUGAGGGCCGCAAGACAGACCUGGAUGGGGCCGAAACCCCUGUCGUCCCUGUACAUAAAGAGACCGAUGGGUGGGAGGGGGUCGGCUGCUCCCCGAGAUCCCCCUGGCAGAGUCAUUCUUCCAGCCCCACCCCUGAGUUCCUAAAGGGACACCUCCCUCCUGUCCAGCCCUUCAACAGAUCUUCUGACUGUUAGAUGACAACCGCGCCGUGGGCCCCGCGUUGGGCCUUGUCUGAAGGGAGAGGCCCUGGCGUGCGGCUGGGAGAUUUAGAGGCUGUGGAGAAGGGAACUUGGGGUUUUCCUUCCUCCGUGGCCUCACUCCCCUGGGGCCUCUCUCUGUGGAGGGAGCAGUGGUUUGGUGACCAGCAGGCUGGAUUCCAACUAGCUAAUGCAUUUAGCGGGUCUGAGGCUGGGGCCAGGUGUCAGCCCCAAGCCUCCAUCCAACACCGUGGAAAUGUUGCUGCCCUCUUCUUGGCGCUGACCCCAAGAUUGGGGUUUCCCUUCUGCCGCUCCUUCCGCUGUUGUUUAUCUAACUGGGCCCCCACUCCAGGUCCAGAGGGACUGUGCUCACCGCACAGACGGCUCUCAUCUCCCGCUCUUUGGUCCUGCAGAGCUGUUGCCAGGGUGCAGUGGGGAGGAGAGUGAAAUAUGGAGGGCUGUGUACCUCAGUCCUUUCUCUAAACUCUGCAGCCUCCCGGCAGGGGCCUCCUCACCUGGGUUCUGGGUGUGUACUCCCUUUAGAGAGUGUGAGAUACACCCGGGCGGCGCUUGUUAAAGCUGGCCAGGGCGAGUGACUAAGGGGAGAGAGCAUGACAUAGACCUGGGUGACAACGGGGACCUCUAGAGGGAAGCAGGUGGGAGUAAGAAGAGGGCAGUGGAGGGUAGAGGAAAGGACUUCCAAAGGUGGGGUAUCUGUGGGGGCAGCCUUUGCCUCCCUAAACCUGUGCAGAGGAGUGGAGCGUGCUUUUCCCUCAAACACAUCUCUGGGGGGCUGAGGACGUUGUCACAAGUCCCAACUGGAGAAAUAAUUCCAAUGGCAGGGUCAGAGGCAAGCAUUCUCUAAAUCUUGCCCAACCCUUCCAUCCUCCCCUAUCCUAUGAGCUGAAGCCCUGCUGUGUGUCCCAGGGUCUUCAAAGGGGCAUCCUGCCACCACCCCAGGGUGCUGGCCCCACAUCCUGUUCCCCUAAAGCUCUGACACCGCCUUCUCUCCCUGUGCGCACCCCACCACCUCCACCCCAGUGUGCUUCAGUGUGCAUGUCUGUGAACAGCCCUCCUGCCCUCCCAACUCCCCUGGCUAAAGUCUCCCCCGCAGAUUUAGUGCCCAGGGCUUGAGCUCACAUUUUAGGCUAGAGAGGAUAACCCUUGGGCCACCCACAUUUCUCACCCCUGAUGCUGCUUACAUUCGCCUGAGCCAUCAGAACUCCUCCUUCCCCUCCUUCAGCCCCUGUCAUCUUCCUCCAGCCCAGCCAGGCCUGCACCACCAACUGUGUGGCCUCCACCUAUGCAACAUCACCUCUGGCUCCCCUUCCCUUCUUCCUAGGGAGAGGGGCCCAAAUUGUGGGGAUACCAUGGCCCAUGGCUUCUAAAGGGUUUAGCUUUACUUUCAGGUAGAGAUGGCUGAGUGAGGAGGGAGAAGAGGCUAGAGAGAGGCUUGGGCAGGGGAAACAGCUGCCCACCAGGUUUCCCUGGCAGUAGUGCCCACCUGCCUAUUAGCACUGAACCUGCCUGGAUCCCGAGUCUGUGCUCCUUGGGGGCCUGGCAUUUGGAGCACCCUUCUUUCCUCUGAAUGGACAUCUGUGAGGUACAGGUGGUGAGCUGCGGCCUCAGGCUCCAUUUCUUAGCCAGCUGGCACCCGGAUGUCAUGCUCUGUGUGGGGACAGCCUGGCCACCUCAGGGCUCCAGGGGAGGAGGAACAUGGCUCCUCCUCCCUCAGGCCUGUUCCUGAGACAGAGCCUGGUCUCAGAAGAGGGGAAGGGGGACCUCUAUUAUUAUUUUUGCCUGUAUUGACUAUUUCUGCCUAGGUCAUCUCAGCCUCAUCUCCCACACACGCACAGACUUAGAGAGAAACAAUUCUUUGGUCUAUUUUCUUGGUAGCUUUAUUGAUUGCCAGGGAAAACAAAAACCAGAAAAUUAAUCUCUAAGAUUAAACUUUACACUGAAUGUUCUUGUUUCUCUAAUUAGAACCUCUGCUAGCAGCUGUGGCUAUACACACACACACACCCUCACACCUACACGUUUGCACUCCGGAACUGUCAGAGGGUGUCAGGCACAGACAGACUCUAGGUUGCCUAGACAGGCAUACACAUGCAGUCACUCCCGAGCCCCCUUUGGUGCUCUGCUUAGCAUCUGCUUAGUGGAAGGAGUCCCUGGAGAGCAGGCACUCCUGCAUUGGGGUUGUAGCCCAUGACCUGCCCUUUGGGGACACAAUUCUGGAGGCUCUGGGCCAAUCAGUCAGCCUGAGGAGGAUGGGGAAUGGCGCUCAGCCUGAAUCAGUCAGCUAGGUCUCUUGUGGCCUUGGGGGCUGAUGUGAUUCCUGUAGGUGUGGCCCCAGGGUGGACAGCUACAGAGUGAUGGGGACUCAUGGAGGGCACCUAGAAGGCUCCAUGUGGCCUGGGGACAAGGGCUUGUGGGGUGGGCUGGGCCUGGCUGGGGAGAAGACAGGUCUCUGUCAAUUGGGUGCAUCACACUGUGGCCUUUUUGUCGUGGAUUUAAGCGCAAAGAUUGUACAAAUCAAACUGGUGGAUAAUAAAGUUGUGGAUGACUCACUGAC